GUAGGAUAUUAAGCCCUUAUUGGGAAUGAGGAGCCAUUUUCUCCAGCAUCCCAAGUACUGGCCAUUGCCAAAUGCAGGUACUCGACUAAGGUAGAUGACCGAGUGGUAUGCAAUCCUAAUGCUAGAAUUGAUAAAGGCAUGGCAGCUCCAAGGGACGAAUAAAAAAAUAAAUAGGUACAAAGUUUAUGAGACUAUUUGCAAAUUGCUGCCAUACUAGAUACAUGCAGCGGUUUUCUUAUUCACAGUCUAAACAGAGGCCACUUGGGACCCUUCUUUCCUUUUAUCUACGACUGAAAUAACCUUUUGUCAGGUGUCCGAGGAAGAUGGACUUCCACAAGCUCCUCUACACCAUCAGUGAGGCUCUGGCCACAGAAGACCUGGUGGCUCUGAAGUUUCUAAGCCUGGAACACAUCCCACUGCGGAAGCAGGAAGGCAUCCGUGAUCCUGAGGCCUUAUUCCUAGCACUCGAGGAAAAGGGCAUGAUGGAGGAAGACAAUCUGUCCUUCUUAAAGGAGCUGCUGUUCAGGAUAAACCGCAUAGACAUCCUAACUGAUAAACUGAGCUCCAGCAGAGAGGAGAUGGAGAGGGAGCUUCAAAUUCCAGGGAGGGCAAAGGUAUCUCAGUUCAGGUACCUGCUCUUCCAGCUCUCAGAAAACAUAACAACAGAUGAAUUGAAAUCUUUGAAGUUUCUUCUGAUCAAAGAGCUUCCGAAGUGCAAGCUGGACAAUGAGAUGACACUGAUCGAUGUUUUCAUUGAGAUGGAGAAGAAGGGACUAGUGGCAGAAGAAAAUCUAGAAACCCUCAAGAUUAUUUGUGAGAAAAUUGACAAAAGCCUUCUGAAGAAAAUUGAAGAGUAUGAAUUAGACCGAAAUGUGGAAAUGUACAUCACGAAAGGACAUGGAGGCCAAACAGAAGUCUCUGAAGUCCAGGACAGCCUUUGGCCUUCUCAGACUGCAUCGGAUUCUCCAGGCAUCCAAGAAGAAACCCAGCAGCCUGACUUGUACAAAAUGAGCAGCCGGCCCCGUGGAAUCUGCCUGAUCCUGAACAAUCAUGACUUUACAAAAGCAAGAUCAGAGGUGCCUAAACUUCAAAACAUAAAAGACCGGAACGGAACAGACGCCGAUGCAGCGGCUCUGAGAAAGGUCUUUACCAAACUUCACUUUGAGAUAGCAGAACACAAAGACCUCACUGCAGAGCAAAUCCGUCACACAGUGCACGUCUACAGGAACAUGGACCAUCGUGACCGGGACUGCUUUGUUUGCUGCAUCCUCUCCCAUGGUGAUAAAGGCAUCAUAUUUGGUACUGAUGGGCAGGAAACAUCUAUCCAGGCACUAACCACUUCUUUCACUGGCAUGAACUGCCCCUCACUUGCUGGAAAACCAAAAGUGUUCUUCAUUCAGGCCUGCCAAGGUGACACAUUCCAGAGAGGGGUACAUAUAGAAACAGAUUCUACAGAGCUGGGUUCUUCUGUAGAGGCAGAUGCAAGAUUUCAACUGGAGUGCAUUCCAGAUGAGGCAGACUUCCUGCUUGGAAUGGCCACUAUGAAGGAUUUUGUUUCCUACAGAAGCACAACCCAGGGCACUUGGUAUAUACAAUCACUGUGCGAGCACUUGGAGAAGAGCUGUCCACGAGGAGAGGAUAUUCUCUCGAUCCUGACAGCAGUGAACCGGGAGGUGAGCAGGAAGAAUGACAGGCUGAACCAAGGGAAGCAGAUGCCACAGCCCAGUUUCACACUCAGGAAAAAACUCAUCUUCCCGGUCAACUGAACAGGGAACUGUAGUCACCCCAACUUGAAAUCGGCUAUGGAAAAGUCUGCAGUCAGUUCUGGACUUUCGUUUGCUACAAAAUUAGAGCUUUCAGUAUGUGCUCUCAGCUUGGGAACAAACAUACCUUUUUUUUGAAAUGUAGCUUUCCAGAGAGCAGGCUAUUUCAUUCGAAGUGUUCACUUUUUGUAGUCUGUCAGAACUGUGAGUACAACCAGGUUGCUGGAUAGCUCAAUGCUCUCACCAGUGCCUGUAGAUCAGUGUUUCUCAGCGACCGGUCCGUGGACCGGCACCGGUCCCUGAUAUCUCCCUGACACAGUUUAGGAAGGGAGCAAGCCAGUCCCUGGUAUCAAAAAGGUUGAGAAACACUGCUGUAGAUGAUAGCAGGUAUUAAUAUAGAGGCACUUGGCCACUUUUUCAAAUGAUGUAUUUUUCAGGGAGAACUAUCUACCAAAUUUGGAAAACAAGAUAUUGACUAACUUAGAAUCAAGUUUAGGGUUGUGCACACAUGUAAUUAGUUUAUGAUCAGCUUGUACAAAAAUAAAAGUAAGUUUCAGAAAAUUUUAUCUCCCUGAAAAUAAGGAUACACAUUUUAGUCCAACAAGAUAGAUUUGGAAUUUUUUUUUUUGAAAGUAGAUGGCAAGGGCUUACACCAGAAGUGCGUUUUCAAAGCACUGUUGCUAUUAACCUGCCUGACCAUCAUAGUAAGUUCUUUUCUUAAUAAAGUGUCCAUUAUACUUAUUCAGCUUCUGUUCUCAAUAAAUCUAACUCUCCAGUUCCACACACUGCUCUCCAGUAUAGCCAGUCAGACAGUGACAGCAAGAGCCUCCAUAUUUCAGAGCAUCUGCUUUUAGCAGCCUAAGAAUUAAGUCAGUUGUGAAGGUGCAACCCUAGGGAAGCCUGAAGUGGUUGGGCAGCCCGGGGAAACUAAUUUACUUACCUCACUGGUUUUCAAAUCCUACUUCUAGUAACAGAGCACAGAAGAAAGCCAAAUAGCCACAAUCACCACACUCACUUCUUGCAACAUCUCCCUUGGUAGAUGGGACUCCAAGCACUGCUGGGCUUGUGAGCUUUGAUGCUAUUACAAGGUAAAGACGGGUUGCAAAUGAUAUAAAAUAAAGGUAAGCAACAGCAAAGUUAGUUGUCCAUUCCAUACAGCCUCAGCCAAGUGUAGGAAGGACUCUGACUAGAAGUCUGACUGCCUGGGAGGAGGAGCAUCCCCAUUUAUAGUAGCAAAUAACUAUUGUAGUAAUGAUU